GUCACCACCGUGCUCCGUUGGCUGACUUCAGUUCAAGGCAAGGAAGAAGCUUCGAAAGUUGACGGAGGAGGAGGAGGAGGAGGAAGAGGUGGCGGUGAGGCGAGGAAUGCGAAAAUGGUGGCGACGAACUUGAAGGGAGAGACGAUGGAGUUGAUGGAGAAGAGGACGGCCAUCGAGUCGGAGAUGAACGCUAUCAUCGAGCGCCUCACUCAACCCGGCGGCCCCGGUCUCACCGGAAACCUCGUCGAUGCUGAGGGAUUCCCUCGGGCGGGCAUUGACAUUCCAGUCGUGAGAGCGGAGCGUCGCCGUCUCUCUGAGCUACGCAAUGAUCACCAGCAGAUCACCAAUAAAAUUAAUGAGAAUAUACAGGUCCUGCAUUCUGCCAGACAUGCUCCAAAAUCUUCGAUAGCCAAAGAACCAGGUGAUGGUUCCGGCUUGGACAAUAACACUACUGUCAAUGCAACUGCAUCAUCCCAUGAUGAUGCAUCAAUGUAUUCUGCUGGUGAUAUGGAUGCGGAUGUCAUAGUGUCCAGACCCUUUGCAAUAGUUGAUGAAAUUGCUGAAAACUCUCCAGCUGCAGAGGAUGGUUUGCAGCUUGGAGAUCAAAUCGUGAAAUUUGGGGAUGUAGUAGCUGGAGAUAGUUUGCUGCAAAGACUUGCUUCUGUGGCUCAGACAAAUCAAGGCCGUGCAGUUGCCGUAACAGCUGUGAGGCAAGGCACGAUGAUCAACCUAACUGUGACACCUAGAACCUGGAAUGGCAGGGGCUUGCUGGGAUGUCAUUUCCGGCUCCUAUGAAGUAGGGUGGCUGCACCAAUCUUCUUGAGGUUUUGAUUCACACAAAGGCUCGGCUGUGAGUGAGAAUGCUUAGGCAUAGCAACUUGCUUAAGAUUUGUAGCUUCUCUCUCCCUCCCUGCCUCCCUCCCCCUUGGGAAAGACAAUGGCAAUGGUAUGUUUUGGCAUGCUAUAAAUAUUUGAAAUUGGACCCCGUCAGUGCUUGCACUUGGUCUUCCUCUUGGGUAAAAUACAGAUCAUGGUUGAACCCUUUAGUUUUGACA